AUGCAACAUGCAUCUGGCGAGAGAGAAAGAUGGGAAGAAGAGUCAAGUUGGUUUGAAUUUAAAAUUAUUUAUCAAGGAAAUGGAAUGUCGCCAACACAAACCAAGAAACAGCAGUCGAAAGCUCGUUUUGAAAUGAACAAAAUCAAGUGCUCCCUAAAAAAAGUUACUCAACUGACUAAUAAAAAUGAAGUCGAAAGUUUCCGUUUUCUUAAUUGUUUCGUUUACUCGACUGUCACAAAAGUAAAGACAAAAACUGUCGACUUCUUAAUUCAUCGACUUCUGCCAAUUUAUUCUCCAUUUCUGAAUGAAUUUUAUGCUGUUGAGUUGAAGAAAAAAGAAGCUGAAACCAUUUUUUUAUUUCUUCAUAAAGUGAACCUCCAAAAAACUGUUUUGAAAACCGUAAGAAAUGGUGAAAAUGGUGAAGGAAGUUCACCCAUCCCAAAUGCACUUACAGCAAAAAAAAUUGACAACGAUGCUUUCACUCAGAGAAUGAGACAAGAAGAAACAGCAUCAAAGCGAAAUAAAGUGACGUCAAAGUAA